ACGUGCCUUCUCUGGGCAAGAAUGGAGAGGGGAGGAACACAGCCCCCACCUUCCUGGAGCUCCAAUCAUACUAUCAUCAUCAGAAACCUCCUCUGCAUGGCUCCUUUCCUCAGUGAUCUAAGCCAGGAGAACAUCUCAGAGGUUGCUUCAUUCAAGCAUCUGAAGGAAGCUGAUACUCACUGAUGGACUCCAAAGAAUCGUUAGCUCCCCCCAGCAAAGAAGUCCCUAGCAGUGUACUUGGCUCUGACAGGGGAAAUGUGAUGGACUUCUAUAAAACCUUAAGGGGAGGAGCCACUGUAAAGGUUUCUGCAUCUUCGCCCUCACUGGCUACUGCUUCUCCGACAGACUCCAAGCAGCAAAGACAUUUGGUUGAUUUCCCAAAGGGUUCAGCAAGCAAUGCGCAGCAGCCAGAUUUGUCCAAAGCCGUUUCUCUCUCCAUGGGACUGUAUAUGGGAGAAACAGAAACAAAAGUGAUGGGGAACGACCUGGGAUUCCCACAACAGGGCCAAAUCAGCCUUUCCUCUGGGGAAACGGACUUUCGGCUUCUGGAAGAAAGUAUCGCAAACCUAAAUAAAUCGACCAGUGUUCCAGAGAACCCCAAGAGUUCCGCAUCUGCUUCAGUACCUGCUGCCCCCUCAGAGAAGGAGUUCCCCAAAACUCACCCUGAAGUGUGUUCAGAACAGCUCAACCUAAAAAGCCAGCCCGGAACCAACGGAACCAACGGUGGGAAUGUGAAGUUGUAUACCACAGACCAAAGCACCUUUGAUAUUUUGCAGGAUUUGGAAUUUCCUUCUGGAUCCCCAGGUAAAGAGACAAAUGAGAGUCCUUGGAGAUCAGACUUGUUGAUAGAUGAAAACUGUUUGCUUUCUCCAUUGGCAGGAGAGGAUGAUCCAUUCCCUUUGGAAGGAGAUGUGAGUGAGGACUGCAAGCCUCUCAUUUUACCGGACACUAAGCCUAAAAUUAAAGAUAAUGGAGAUAUAAUCUUAUCAAGCCCCAGCAGCGUACCACUGCCCCAAGUAAAAACAGAGAAAGAAGAUUUCAUUGAACUCUGCACCCCUGGGGUAAUUAAGCAAGAGAAACUGGGCCCAGUUUACUGUCAGGCAAGCUUUUCUGGGGCAAAUAUAAUUGGUAAUAAAAUGUCUGCCAUUUCUGUUCAUGGUGUGAGUACCUCUGGGGGACAGAUGUACCACUACGACAUGAAUACAGCAUCCAUUUCUCAGCAGCAGGAUCAGAAGCCUAUUUUUAAUGUCAUUCCACCAAUUCCUGUUGGUUCAGAAAAUUGGAAUAGGUGCCAAGGAUCUGGAGAUGACAACCUGACUUCCUUGGGGACUAUGAACUUCCCUGGCCGGUCGGUUUUUUCUAAUGGCUAUUCAAGCCCUGGAAUGAGACCAGAUGUAAGCUCGCCUCCUUCUAGCUCCUCAACAGCAACGGGACCACCUCCCAAACUCUGCCUGGUGUGCUCUGAUGAAGCUUCAGGGUGUCAUUAUGGGGUCUUGACAUGUGGAAGCUGCAAAGUAUUCUUCAAAAGAGCAGUGGAAGGUAGACAGCACAAUUAUCUUUGUGCUGGAAGAAAUGAUUGUAUCAUUGAUAAAAUUCGAAGAAAAAACUGCCCAGCAUGCCGCUAUCGAAAAUGUCUUCAAGCUGGAAUGAACCUGGAAGCUCGAAAAACAAAGAAAAAAAUAAAAGGAAUUCAGCAAGCCACUACAGGAGUCCCACAGGACACUUCUGAAAAUCCCAACAAAACAAUAGUCCCGGCCACCUUACCACAGCUCACCCCCACCUUGGUAUCACUGUUGGAGGUCAUUGAACCUGAGGUAUUAUAUGCAGGGUACGACAGCUCUAUUCCAGACACAACGUGGAGGAUCAUGACCACACUCAACAUGUUAGGAGGACGCCAAGUGAUCGCAGCGGUGAAGUGGGCGAAGGCUAUACCAGGCUUCAGGAAUUUACACCUGGAUGACCAAAUGACCCUCUUACAGUACUCCUGGAUGUUCCUCAUGGCGUUUGCCCUGGGCUGGAGGUCCUACAGACAGACCAGUGCAAAUUUGCUGUGCUUUGCUCCUGAUCUGAUUAUUGAUGAGCAGAGGAUGAGUCUACCCUGCAUGUAUGACCAAUGUAAACAUAUGCUCUUUGUUUCCUCUGAGUUACAAAGACUUCAAGUGUCUUAUGAAGAGUAUCUCUGUAUGAAAACCUUACUGCUUCUCUCUACAGUUCCAAAGGAAGGUUUGAAGAGUCAAGAGCUAUUUGAUGAAAUCAGAAUGACCUACAUCAAAGAGCUAGGAAAAGCCAUUGUCAAAAGGGAAGGAAAUUCCAGUCAGAACUGGCAGCGUUUUUAUCAGCUGACCAAACUUUUGGACUCCAUGCAUGACGUGGUUGAAAAUCUCCUUAACUAUUGCUUCCAAACAUUUUUGGAUAAGACCAUGAGUAUUGAAUUCCCAGAGAUGUUAGCUGAAAUCAUCACCAAUCAGAUACCAAAAUAUUCAAAUGGAAAUAUCAAAAAACUUCUGUUUCAUCAAAAGUGACUGCCUUACUAAGAAUGGUUGCCUUAAAGAAAGUUGAAUUUAUAGCUUUUACUGUACAAACUUAUCAACUUGUCUUGUAGAGGUUUUGCUGGUUGUUUCCUUUUGUUUUUGUCUGUUUUGUUUUCUUUUAACAUGCACUACAUGUGGUUUCUAGAGGGCCAAGCCUUGGCAACAGAAGCAGUUGAGUCACCACUUGCAAGUGAUGGCCAAGUAGAGAGUGAAAUCUAUUAGUUAUGUCCCAGAAAGGAGAUGCAGGAAAUGUGGGCUAAUUUCCACUGUCAGAAGGCACCUAAACCACCAGUGCCCAAAGUCUGUGUGAGGAACUUUCUGCUCAUACUUUUCAGUUGGCUGGAUAAAACUUUCUAGAUUUUUUUUUUUUUGCUGGUGUAUUUUCCCAUGUAUAGUUAGGAUAGCAUUUUUUGAUUCAUGCAUGGAAACCUGAAAAAAGUUUACAAGUGUAUAUCAGAAAAGGGAAGCUGUGCCUUUUAUAGCUAUUACUGUCUGGUUUAAACAAUUUCCUUUAUAUUCAGUGAACUACGCUUGCUCAUUUUUUCUUACAUAAUUUUUGUAUUCAAGUUAUUGUACAGCUGUUUUAAGAUGGGCAGCUAGUUCAUAGCUUUCCUAAAUAAACUCUAAAUAUUAAUUUUCUGUGUGAAAAUGGGUUGGUGCUUCUAACCUGAUGGCACUUAGCUAUCAGAAGACCACAAAAAUUGACUCAGAUCUCCAGUAUUCUUGUCAAAAAAGAAAAAAAAAUAAAAAGCUCUUCUUUUGUAUAUAUCUGCUUCCAGGGAGAAGUCUAUAGAAUUGUGCAGAUUCAUUGCCCUAACUGGUAUUGAGCGCCUAGUCCAGUGGCCUGCUGGGUAAACCAUGGAGGAUGGUUGCAAAGCCUAAUUUUAAAACAUAUAAUUAUCAAGAAGCACCUAAUGCCCUAUCUCUGUAGUGGUUAGAUGUCAAGAAAGUUGGUAAAUUAAUUCUUUCGGGACCUUUUUUUUUUUUUAAUUUGUAUGAUUUCUUAAAAGUGAUGAUUCCAGAUAAGCAGCUGUAACACAGCAGAGAGAUUAUUUUUUUAAUCACACCAAGGAAUGCCUCCCACUAAGCCCCCAAACUCAAUUUCUAAUAUGGCAAAAGUGGCUAGAUACCCAUUUUCACAUUUACAUCUGUCAUUGAUUGGUCUCUUUCCUGGUGGUACAGGAAAGUUCAGCUACUGAUUUUUGUGAUUUAGAACUGAAUGUCAGACAUCCAUGUUGUAGAACUACACAUCUUCUGUGUGUGCCAUACAAUUUAACAAGUCUUGUGAAAUUCUUCACUGUUGAAAAUGAUGAUUUUAAACAAAACAGAAGCUGUAGUAGCCCUUUCUGUGUGCACCUUACCAACUUUCUGUAAUCUCGAACUUAACAUAUUUACUAUGCCACAGAAAUUUGAUUUCUACUCAGAGUGGCCAAAUUAUUUGUGUAAUAGAAAACUGAAAAUCUAAUAUUAAAAAUAUGAAACUUCUAAUAUAUUUUUAUAUUUAGUUAUAGUUUCAGAUAUAUAUCAUAUUGGUAUUCACUAAUCUGGGAAGGGAAGGGCUACUGCAGCUUUACAUGCAAUUUAUUAAAAUGACUGUAAAAUAGCUUGUAUAGUGUAAAAUAAGAAUGAUUUUUAGAUGAGAUUGUUUUAUCACGACAUGUUAUAUAUUUUUUAUAGGGGUCAAAGAAAUGUUGAUGGAUUUCCUAUAUGGUUUCUAGUGUGGGUAAAGCAGUCACACAGGCAUUAGUGCUCUCAGAAACCAAACAGGUUUGCCUAGAGGAAGAGGGAGCCGGAGACAGCCCUGUGUGCAGUGAAGGUUGCUGAGGCUCUGACCAAAUACAUCACAGGAAACAGCGCUCUGACCGCCCUUCUCAUCCCAACAGCACGUGUCAGCACAGGUGUAGUUCAUUGACUCUCCCCAAGUGUGAAAGUGUGCAUUCAGGAUAGAAUGGUGGUGCUUGUUAGUACAAGCACCAUCUAACAGCAGGUUACUUUUGCAUACAGCCUCUCCAACAGGCUAACAAAAGCAGAGGCUUUAGAAGUUCGGCAAUAAUAUGCAUAGAAGUUCCAGCAAUAUGUAAAUAGCGCAGAAUCCCAUAAGAUGCCAAUAAUACACUAAUUCCUUUCGAUCCUACAGAGUUCGUUUCCAAGGAAAAUGAGGACAUGUUUAUGUUUUCUUUGAAUGCUUUUUGAAUGCUGUUAUUUUCAGUAUUUUACAGAAAUUAUUUAAUAAAAAGGUAAUCAUUUACUUUCUUGAAUGCUCUCUAAAAAGAAUGUUCCUUUGGUAAUGGUUUAAAUUGAUCUCAAAGUACUUUAAGAUGGUUGUAAACCCAGCUGGAUGUGAAAUUUAUGGUGCCUAAGAAAUACCACUUGAAUAUUAUCAGUGACAGUGUUAAGUUUCCAAAGAGCUUCUCAAAAGUGAUUGUUGUUCACUUUACAGAGUGUUCUGUGGUUAACACCAGAAGGCACAUCGCACAUCAAUCCUGUUCCAGACCCCGCACCCUUGGCUCUCAGAUACCGAAGCGCUGUAAACAGAUAUGUGCACUCUGUUGUCAACUGACAUUCAUAAAACUAUUGCAGGCUUUUUACUAAAAGAAAAAGCUGCCAUGCUCUUUUUAGAACUUGCAGGAAAGAAGAAAGUUAUCAUAAUUGUGUCUGAGUAUAAUUAUGAACUUGUGUGCAAAAAUAGAUACAUUACGCUUGAACGCAGCUUCAUUUUCUAUGUGUGUGGUUUCUUACCAUCCCAAACAACUUAGGUUUAGGGCAAGUUCAGUGAGAACUGGUUUUAUGUCCAUGUGACUCACACAGAUCCUGAAAAGUAUUUUUAAUUAUGGCUUUAAAAAAGUGAUUCUCUCAGUGUUUUUAGGCAUUGCUGUGGGAUACUGUACAAGCAAUCAUAAGGAGCUUAGGCCAUGACAGUCUGGGGGUAGAUAUACCCACACUAUGUAAAACUGGGAAGGGAACUUAGGGAAUACCUGCCUUCUUGGGGGGGGGGGGCAGGGUGGAGGGAGAAAACCCUUGGCCACCCCAAAGAGCAGGUGAUGAGUGUCUGAGGAGCUUGAUGAGGGCAGGGGGCUCUGGGCCAGCACAGGGGAAAAGCAGCCAGCCUCACUUCAGAAUCAGGAGGGACGAAGGAUGAGCAGCCUCAAGGUGACUCGGGUCGUAUCAUUGCAGAUCCCUUUUAAAUACCUAUCUCACCAUGCAAUGAACAAUAUUACUAAUUUUGAGCUAGUGGCCUUUGGUAAGAUUUUCAUCUCAGUUGGUCACCCCAACUGUAGCUAUAGUUGAAUGUGUUUUUAUGUGCCUGGCUUCAGUAUUGGAAGGGAAAAAUAAAAGUGUAUGGAAAACACUUUACAUCACUUUGGAUGAAAGUUUUAUCAUUUUCAAUCAACCUAGUCCACCAAGGAUAAGUGACUAGGUUUUCAGGAAAGGGUUAGCUUCUCUAAAAAUGUCUGAAAGGAUUUUAUUUUCUGAUAAAGACUGUAUAAAAAUGCCCUCCUUAAAUAACUUGCUUAACUACAUAGAGAUUCAAGUGUGUCAAUAUUCUAUUUUGUAUAUUAAACAAAUGCUAUAUAAUGGGGACAAAUCUAUAUUAUACUGUGUAUGGCAUUAUUAAGAAGCUUUUUCAUUAUUUUUUAUCACAGUAAUUUUUAAAUGUGUAAAAAUUAAAACCAGUGACUCCUGUUUAAAAAUAAAAGUUGUAGUUUUUUAUUCAUGCUGAAUAAUCUGUAGUUUAAAAAAUGUCUUUUUAUCUACGCAGUGACAUGUCAGACUGUAAAAUCUUGUGUGGAAAUGUUUAACUUUUAUUUUUCAUUUAAAUUUGCUGUCCUGGUAUUACCAAACCACACAUUUGUACUGAACUGGCGGUAAAUGUUAGUUAGCCAUUUACAGCAAUGCCAAAUAUGGAAACAUCAUAAUAAAAUACCUGCUUUUUCAUUA